CCAACACGCUCGCACGUUGGGUGAAAGUAAAGCAAAUAGAAAGGAGAAACGGUGAAAAGCGGUUCUCGACUCGGUCGAACUGAGGCACGAAACCGGGACAGAGGCCACAACCGAGUUAGUGUAUAUUUUCGUUUCGAGUUGGAUAGACAUCUUGGGUUUCCGCGGAUUAGAGACUGAUUGUUCGCAGGUUAUUUUGCUAUUGCUAUUAUAAUUGUUGUGUACUGUACGUGCAUGUGUGUAUAUGUAAGGAGGGAGGACUAUGACCAUAAAUAAGCUGAAGAAGGAGUAUCGAAAAAAGGGACACGGUAGAGCGUGAGGUAAAAGGGAUCGGCUUUGAGUGAACAGUUUUUAGCUUCGUUGUUGCAUUCUAUAUAUCCCUUUGGUGGUGCAGAUGUCGAUGUGCAUAUAUUUAGAAGUCACGAAUAGAAGUUGGUAGCCGAUUCGAAUAACAUAAUUUUGAUUGUUUUUAUUACAUUUGAAUGUGAGAUAAAUGUUUAUUGCGUUUUAUUUGAUCACUAAAGAAACGACUGUAUCUUCAUGAACUAUGAGAUAGUGGAGGUGCUGUACCUUAACAAUAGGCAAAGUGAAACUUACUGCGAAGUUUAUCUACCUUUCUCGUGUAACAAAGAAAUAAAGGCAAAGGUGAAAGUGUUGUCUACGUUGGAUAUACUCCCUGGAAGUGCGUGAGAUAAGGCCAAGGCUUAUCGGUGCUUGAACAAGUGAUAAGAUCCGCUAUGGCACUACUAUCCAAUGGUGCCUCAUCGAUGCAGAUAACCCCUCCGUCCGGCAGUUCGGUGCCAGCGAAAACCGACAACAACGUCGACUUCAACUCGAAUGAUCAUAUUUUCUUCUCGAACCUUUUUAGCGGGUUGCCCCGUUGGGAUGCGCCGGGCAAGGUCAGCACAGGUCCAGUCACUGUGCCGCAUAGUAGCAGUCACCCAAGUUUUAGUCAUAAUACUUCGUUGGAUAGAGAUAGCAUAAGCGUACCGGAUGAUACAUUGUUUUCGAAUGUACUUGGUGCGAUUGGAACUUCCCAUGGGAGCUCUCAUGGUAAUGACAUUCUCGGUGCAAUAGGAACUCAAAUGACGCCAAGUACAUCGCCGCAAACGAACUCAUCUAAUGGAAGUGCUCAUUCGAUGGGUGCGGUUUGUGGUCGCUGUGAUACUCACGCGAUCAGCCGCUGUCUAGAUUGUAACGAUGUACUGUGCGAGGAUUGUGCGCAUAUCCACAAUAAAAAUACUUUCACGAAGGAUCACUGUGUGAUCUCAAUCCACACGAUCUCACCGAUAGGAUCGGUUUUUGGAGCACUAAGUGUUCCACUGGCAAAUGAGCCACACUGUGAUGUACAUGGAGAGGUUUUGCGCUACCUGUGCGAAUCAUGCAAGAAAAUUGUUUGUCAAGAGUGUACCUUGUGGGAUCACAAGGAUCACUCCUGUAUACCAGUAUCGAAUGUUUCUCAAGGAGCUUCGGAGAAGAUUUUAUCUAUUCUAGAGAGUGGGAAACUUGGGACCAAGUAUAUUAAAGCUAGUAUUGAUCGAGCUGUUACCUACUCGCAGGCAGUAGAGAGAGAUGCUAUGGAUGCGUCCGCCAAAAUUCGCAAAGCAAUGCGGCACUUCAUCCUGGCAGCAGAAGAUAGAGAGCGAACACUACUUGAACGUGUUGAUAAAUUCCGACAGCAGAAGUUAGCGUCACUCUCUGACCAAAUGGCUGGCCUGAGAGCAGCACUAGCGGGGCUUUCUCAAACGUCAGACAUGCUUUCCAAAGCACUGGAUUCCGUUGGAGCAAUGAACAGCAUGGCUAUAGCAAAAACCUUGACUAGUGGCGAAAGUCAGAUGGAACAAUUCGCUGCUAUUUACAAAAAUCUUCAACCAACAGAAGAGUUCAUUACUUUCGUACAACCAAACUUUGAGCUGCUGCAAGAUAUCAGAAUGCAAGGCGAUGUGAUGUUGGUGAAUCAACGAAAUAACGCAAUACCCAGCGGUUCCAACGUAUGCAUCCAGCCUCCAAGCGGCAACAUUUUGACUCGCCGUCCUAUCACAAGAAGUACAACUCCAGCCCAACGUCUGAAUAAUCUUGAUGAGUCGCCCGCUUGGGAACAGAUUCCCAUAGCGAGACCAGCUCUGGCGCCAUCACCACCCGCCAUUGGAAUAGGCCCGAUAGCAGGAAUGCCGAUAUUAGGACAAUGCAUUCCUGGCUGUACGACUCACGUAUCGGCUAGACCGGUUGUUGGUCCUAGCACUACAUUCGGAUUCGAUGGUCACGAAGAUGGUCAAGUUUCACGCCCUUGGGGUAUAUCUGUGGAUAAGGAUGGGCAUGUAUUGGUUGCCGAUCGUCGAAAUAACCGAGUACAAGUGUUUUAUCCAGACGGUACAUUUAAACUCAAGUUCGGCUCCAAAGGUACAGCCAAUGGGCAGUUCGAUCUUCCAGCUGGUAUUUGCACUGACGCUCAAAAUCGCAUCAUAGUUGUUGAUAAAGAUAACCACCGAGUGCAAAUCUUCUCGCCCAACGGUCUGUUCUUGUUGAAAUUCGGUAGCUACGGUAAGGACUGCGGUCAAUUCCAGUAUCCGUGGGAUGUAGCAGUCAAUGUCAAAGGAGAAAUAUUGGUCACGGAUUCCAGAAACCAUCGAAUCCAGCUAUUCAAUUCGGAUGGACAGUUCAUUUCACGCUUUAGCUUUGAUGGAGUCAACCAUAGCCGUUAUUUGAAAGGACUGACAACGCCGCGGGGUGCCUGCUUCACACCGCAAGGCGAUAUCAUAAUUUCGGACUUUGAAAACCAUCGGUUGUUAUUGAUUGAUUCAAUGUUAACUAAGGUACUCGCUGCCAAGGGCCACGAAGGUUCAGCCGUACACGAGUUUAGUCGCCCGUCGGGGAUAUGCUGCGACGACGACGGACGUGUGAUAGUAGCUGAUUCUAAAAAUCAAAGAGUACUAAUCUUCUCUCCACAGUUGGAGUUUCUUUGGGCCGUCGACAUACGUCCAUCAGCGCACAACCUGUUAGCAGUGGGCAUGGACGAGAAAGAUCGCCCCAGUGAUUUAGCCCUCUUGCCGGAUGGUCGUCUCGUGGUGAUGGUUGAAACAUCACCGGAUGCUCGUGAGCAGUGCAAUCCCCGAAAGGCUUUUAUCCAGAUCUACUAGGAAAAACUAUCUGUUUUAUGUUCUUCUUCUUUAUUUGAUUUGCUACCGUUCGUUUUCGAGCGAAUACGCUUUAUUUUUAAUCUGUUUUUAAUGUACUAGACAAAUUUUACACGGAAGAUUAACGUUGCUACCUCUCGCAGAAACGUAAUUUUUUGCGCUGAAUGUUUUUACACGUAUCUGUUGAUACGAUUGAGCAAGCAUCCACACACUUUUUAUACACUUUUUAUCACUAGACAAAGAGCUAGUUUACGUAGGUAAUCUCAAUAGUACAAGGACACGAGCAUGAGUGACUAAACCGUAGUACAAGUUAGUGUGUAACGCGUUAUGAUGGGGAAAAGAAAGAAAGGACUGGAGACAGAAGCUGUGGCUAGGGUGUAGGCUGUGCUCUAACGAGCACCAUAGCUAGAAAAAAAUGGUUUUCCGCAAAGACUUAGCAGCACAAAAGACUGAUGGGGAGAAUAAGCCAGUUCAUUUCAUGUAACCCUAUUUAAAACGAAUGCAAUAGUAUUGCGUAUUAUGGAUUGUACAUUUUUGAGCCAGUUUUUUUGACAUAUUGUUUCUGUUCCAAUUUUCUUUAUUUAUAAGCUCAACACAACAGAAGAUCUAUUGAGAUGAAAGCAAUUAGCGGUUUAAUGUUAUUUAAGGUAGAUAUUUUCCAAGAAAAUCAUUAGUUUGCGCGAUGCAGGCAUUUAAAUCUUUAAUUUUACAUAAAUAGAUUUUAACAUAGCCACUAAAAUGGACCCCGUUCACCUAAAAUGUUUGUUUUGCAGCUAGUGAACUAAAAUGUCAUCAUUUGAGUAUUAUGCCAAGCGAUUUGGUGAUUUAGUUUAAUUUUAAGCAGAAAAGUUUACUUAGUAAAACAUUGUGAGAAGAACCCUUGGUAGAACCGUUACAUGUACGAACAUGUCCCAGUCAAAAUUUUACAAAAAGAAAAAGAAACAGAGCAUUCAAAA